AUGGCCACGGCCAGCAUCAUCAGCGCCGAACUUCGCGACUGGAAGCGCACCACGCGCUACGAACCCAACGAGGAGGAGGUGGCGGUGUUGCAGAAAUGCCGCGCGAGGGAGAGCAACCUCCAGUCCAUCGGCUCGCUGACGGGUCUUGGCCUGGGCAUGCUCUUCUUCGCCACGGGGAGUCCGGUGUGCCGUGCGUUGUCCCUCGAACGAGUGAGCGGGGCCGUGCGCGGGGCCGGCAUUUUCGUGCCGAUGGUGGUGGGGUCGGGCCUGGGCAACAGCAAGGCCCAGAGCGACUGCCUCAAGCUGAUGCUGCCCCUGCAGACCCCGCUCGGGCACCAAUCCCGGCUCUUGUUGCGCCAGCACGACCCGCAAUCGAGACUCACGCGGCAGUUCCCCGUGGAAGAGGGCAUCGACUCGAGCGAGGAGGCCACGUUCGAGUAUACGCAGCAGCAGCAGCAGCAGCAGCAGCAGCAGGAGGAGGAGGAAGACGACGCCACCACCUCCUCGUCGUCGCCGUCGUCUACGGCGGCGCUGCGUAGAGCCCAGUACAAGCGUGCCCAACUGCGCAGGCAGCUAGCCGGAGGCGGAGACGGCGAAGAGGAGAGUGGCGGCCAAGACGCGGCAGGAGGCGGCGGCGGCGGCGGGAUGGCAGGCCAUGACCUCCACUCGCACGCGGCGGGUCUGACCUACCAGCAGCAGCAGGACGAAGAGGCGGCGGGGGACGUGGGCGGACAACGGCGAGAGGAGGUUUCGGCGGAGGCGCUCCGACGACGCCGCGUCAAGGAGGCCCUCGAAAGGAGGAAGGCCGCGCAUCGCGACCAGCAGCAGCACGCCGGGGCGUGGGCCGACGACGACUACGAGGGACGGGGAGAACGAGCACGCACGACGCGAUCCACCACCGUAGCCCGCAACAACCCCUACGGCGACAGCUAA